UGCUAUUUCCAGUCUUGAACCAACAUAGGGAAGCGUCCCUGCUCUGAUACAUUUACAUUUGUCUCAGUCCCAGAAUCAAACAGCAGGCAUAUUCUGUCAGGUAUAGAGACCGGACCAAAUCCCAAAUUUGAAUUGCUUAUCGGUGCAAAAAAGGACUUUACACAAUGUCAAAUUCAAUUGAAGAAAUAAUGCAAACCGUUGACUCCACCAGAUGUGUGGGGAUUGAAAUCUCCAACAAAAGCCGGUGUAAUAUUUUAACUGAACCUGCGACCUACAAUUACAGUGGCCGAGUACACAGUCCACCUCCCCCCACCAUUGACUGGGGACAGAAAGGAGUGUGCAUCUUCAUCAAGACUCCACACACAGCCUGUGGCGCUGUCGGGGUGCUGAGCUACAAUUUUGGCAACUCCCAGAUCUCCCUGAUGGUUUCCAACCCUUACGACUACAGCUCGUAUAGCAUCGAGUAUGCUCUGUAUGUCCACGACCAAACCACUUCGACUGAUUACAAUUUAUAUAACAAGAUGUACAACGAGCUAACAGAAUCAGAUUACUUCACAAAGGCAUCAUUGGGAAAGUGUAACUCAUGUCAGAUCAUCUCAAAAAAGGGUAUAUAUGUUUCAGCUACUAUGUCUAAUGAGCAGAAAGCGAUUCUCAAAAUAGAUAUCAGAGAUGCUUAUUAACUCUUUGAUAAAGCUCUGACGGUUACAAAUCUCAGCAUAGUGAAGCCACUUUACCAGUGUUAUCAAUAAUAUCACCUGAUCACCCCAUCUUUCAUAUCAUCUUUAAUAUUUUUUCUAAUGUUUCUCAUUUUUCUCUUUAAUGUAAUGUACUAACAUGACAGCAAUGGUUCAAAGCCAAUAAUUCAUUCCAUUUUCUAUUAACUCAAUGAUUGAAAAGUAAACAUUUUAAUUUCUUAUGUUAUCAAAAAUAGGUUAAGGUUUAUUGGUACCUUGACAGUUUUAAUUACAUUUCCAAGAAUAAGAAAACAAUAAUGUUCCAACGGUACUGCUUGUUUUUUUUGCUUAAUGAUUUGUAAAUAAUUCACAGAAAGAACUUAUUAAUACCACACCGAUGUAACCAUUCAGCUCAUACAAAAGAGAAUGUAUUAUGUAAUAGGAAUAAAUGAUUGGAUAGUGAA